AUGGCGGAGCUUGUGUCAACAAACCAGACCACACUGGCUACACUCCAACCGUGCGACUCCAGUCCUUGCAAGAAUGGUGGAUCUUGCACCAACAAACCAGACAACACUGGCUACACGUGCACUUGCCCGAGCGAGUAUACGGGGACAGAAUGCGAAACGCAAGUCCAACCAUGCGACUCCAGUCCUUGCAAAAAUGGCGGAGCUUGCGCUAACAAGGCGGUCAACUCCGGCUACACGUGCGAUUGUGCUAGUGGGUAUACUGGAAUUGAAUGCGAAAGUCAAGUUCAACCAUGUGACUCCAGCCCCUGCAAGAAUGGCGCAACUUGCACCAACUCCGCUGAUAACCCUGGCUACACGUGUACCUGCAGCAGUGUAUUCACUGGCAGUACAUGUGAACUUGACAUCACAACCUGCGGUAAUACCGCUAUUGGCCUCGAAAGCAGUGCGAUCAUUCCUGACAACAGAUUUAGUGCAUCAUCCCAUUACUCCGAAUGUAACCCUCGGUUCGGUCGGCUGAACCACGCCAAGUACUGGACACCGGGGUCCCAAGGAGGUCAUCACUACCUACAAAUCGACAUGAUAUCCGUGUACAUUGUUUGUGCAGUAGCUACACAAGGUGGUACGGAUCCUCGAUAUGAUGAGUGGACAACCAAAUACAAGCUUUCAUUCGCACUUGAGGCCGGAAUAUGGAGCAUCUACCAAGAAAAUGGCGCCGAAAAGGUAUUUAUAGGGAACGUGAACGAGUCAGACGUGAAAAGCAAUUCCCUAGCCAAUCCGACUAAAGCACGGUUUAUCCAGUUUAUUCCCACUGCUUACCAUGACUGGCCGGCUUUUAGAGUGGAGGUGUACGGAUCUAGAGCCUUGAUAGCUUGA